AUCCACGCUUUAUUGGGCGGUAGUUGCAUGGGAGCAGGUGGACGAGUGAUGUUUCGCCAACUCAACAAAGAAACUGGCGAAGCUGCAUGCUAAUGUACCGAUCCCGUCCAUCAGGGCUCUACCCAUCUCACUCUCACCAGUCCCAAUUCAACGCAACACAACACCAAGCCUUCUGCCAAGUUCCGUCUAUCCACUCUAUACCCUAAACCUCUCUUCUUUCAUUGCUUUCUAAUCAAUUUCUCACACCAAAAUCUAACCUUUAAUUCACCAACUAUUUCCCAAACACUGCAUACUUAUUGACCGUGCUGAAGCUUCAGACUUUUUUACCCUGGAUACCGAAGAAAAAAUCAUCAAUCCAAACAUGUCGAAUAGUCACGAUGUAGUUCCAAUUGGUCGGAGAGAUACUGUUGAUCAGUCAUCGGCUUUGGCUUCUGUUGGAUAUCAGAAGAUGGGAUGUGUAUCCAAUGACUAUUCCUUUCAUCCACCAUUAUUGUACAAUGGAAGUUAUGACAAUGCAGCUGGUAAACAGGGUGCAUAUCUUCCGUAUAUUAAUAAUGCAGUCCUGGAAAGUGGUUCUUAUGGCAUCCACAAUGAAUCCCCAUCUGUUGGGCUUCCCGUCACGGCACAGCUUACUGCCAGUAAUCAUGGUCAUUUGUACAAUGCUAGACAAUUUUCUACCUAUGAUCCAUUUUCUUUCCGGCAAAAUAUUUCUCCAAGUUCCUAUAUUCUUUCACCAACUCCAGUUCCUCAGGCAAAGUUGCCUGUACCUAUUGAUCUCCAAGUGGAUAGCAAAAGAUCUCAUCUGAGACCUAAUUACGUGGCUCCACUGGGAUCUUCUAGUAGGGGAACAAACUCUUUUGGAAACUCUGAUGGGCUUGCUUUGUUGCACCAAGGGUUUGAGGGAUCUGAAGUUGGAGGAUUGUGGUCAGAUUGGUUGAGCCCCUCAGAUGGGAAGAGUUGCAUGCUUCAAUUGUCUUUGCCACCAACUUCUCUGGAACCAAUUGGGUCACUGGAGGUGUCUCAGGAUGAUUUUGGACUAAAAGGAUCAUUUUACGGCUUUGGAUCUUGUUCAGGCUCCAGCUACACAGGUUACUCUCACCGUCAAAGUGAUCAAGCCUCUGAUUAUGGAAGUCUCUCCACUUCUAGCAUCAGAAUGGAUGGUCAAAUCUGGCCCACUCUCACUGAAGCUAGACAAUGGGGAAGAUGCAAUGACUUCUCUUGUAGCUGUAGUGUCACACUUGAUAUGCUAAGUGAGCAAAAUAGAGGACCAAGGGCAUUUAAGCCAAAAAUUUGGACCACAGUAAAUGGGUCUGCUGUUGGUAAUAGCAAGAAUUGCAUUAUUGGUGACCUUCUUGGGGACUCUUACAACAGAUCGGAUUUUAUCACCAGCUACAAAGAUGCAAAGUUCUUCAUCAUUAAAUCUUAUAGUGAAGAUAAUGUUCACAAAAGCAUAAAAUAUGGUGUCUGGGCUAGCACCCCAAAUGGAAACAAAAAGUUGGAUUAUGCUUAUCAUGAAGCAAAGGAGAAAGAUGGGAUGUGCCCAAUUUUUCUGUUAUUUUCGGUGAAUGCUAGUGCCCAGUUUUGUGGUGUGACAGAGAUGGUGGGACCUGUAGACUUUGACAAGAAUGUAGAUUAUUGGCUGCAGGAUAAGUGGUCUGGACAGUUCCCUGUUAAGUGGCACAUAAUUAAGGAUGUUCCCAAUAGUCAGUUUCGCCACAUUCUACUUAAAAAUAAUGAGAACAAACCAGCAACUAAUAGUAGAGACACUCAAGAGGUAGAAAUGGAACCGGGAAUGGAGAUGUUAAACAUUUUUAAGAACUAUGAACCGUAUUCUUCCAUCCUAGAUGAUUUUAGCUUUUAUGAGAAGCGGCAGAAAGCUAUACAAGAAAGGAAGGCAGGACCUCAAGUAAUUCUUAUGGCUUCUCCAGUUGCAGUUAGUGAACAACAAAUUCUGGUUUCACCUUCUGCAGACUCCGUAAAGAGAAUGUCUAAGAGCUUUGUUGAAGCUGUGUCAUUGACUGAGCACGAGAAAGAACAUUCAGCUGCUGGGAAGGUUGUUUUGUCCGCAACUACCUCUGUGGCCCAUGGAAGUUAAGCUAUGACAGUUUCCAUCAAACGUAUCCGAUAGGUGGGAACUUAUCUUCUCUGUGAUUUCAAUAGAGACACCAUGCUGCAUAUAUAGAAUAAUACAAUAUAUACAAACAAAAUUUACUAAUUUAUUCUUUUAAACUGAUGUGAUAGUAUAUAAUUGGAUGAUUUUAAAAUAAGAAAAAAAUAGUAAAACAAUCACAUCACAAACUGAAAUGUUGCCACAUUAAUUUGUAUAGAUAAAUUCAUAUAUAUUCUGUUGA